AUGAACUCCCCAUACACUACAAUAACGAUGGAAAUGAAUGAAUCAUUGACCGACCGGUUAGCUAUUGCCGUAAUUCAUUGGAUUUCCGAAUUUCUGGACUCUCCUUUAAAAGCGGAUGCACCUCCAGCAAGUCUAACUGAUGCCGUUGUUUUGUUCAAAUUGUUCAAGGUUCUAUUGAAUAAGGAAGACUUCAAGCUGGAAACUUUGGAAUUUGCGUUAUUCUCAACCACAUACGAAGUCGCUAGGUCAGAGACAUCUAUCACAGUACCGUUGCCUUUGUGGUCCCAAAUAGAUGUGUUAUCAUGGCUGUUAGCAGUGCACCUCAAAAAACACGCAAGCUCUGUUCACCCCCCUCAAUUAGACCUUUAUAAACUAAUAAUAUUGAAGGAAAGUGAGCAGUUGAGGACGUUGUGUCAAAUCCUUAUCGUGCUUGGCACCUUCUCCUCUAGAUUGGCAUCACGUGGACAGGCUUUCAUUGAAUUUCUACCAGAGGAGGAUCGUAUCUUGCUCAAACGAUAUGAUAUCUUACAACAGGAAUUGGACUAUAGAGCUCAAAGGCAACGUUUCAAUUCUUUAACACCAACUUCACUAAACCAAGAUCAGAAUUCGUUUGACGCACCACCUGGACCUGACUCGGGCGAAAGUUGUUACGUCAUUACAGAAGAAGAAUUGAGAGCAAUCAAGUGGGAGUGUCAAGUCUUCAACCAAGUUAUUAACAGAAUCAGUUUCGAAAAGAAACAGCAGCAGUUAAACUCUCUUACUUAA